CUACUGUACAUGGGACUUUGUUUUUUUCCUAGGAACCCAAACAUGUGGAAAGCUGUAGUUGGUUUGCAUCAUCUUUAUAAACAUCAGCCUUAUACUACCGAAUACCGUGUCAAAUAUAUUAUAAUCCACUCUGAUUAUGAUUUUGGAACUUUUGAAAAUGACGUUGCCUUGUUCAGGCUAACUGGGUUUGUCAAGUACAAUGACUACGUCCAGCCCAUCUGCUUACCCAACUCUUCUUACUUCCAGACUGAUAAACACAAAAAUCCAUGUUAUAUAAGUGGAUGGGGAAGGACAAAGGAGCAAGCAGAACAUCACACAAAAACAAACAUACUUCCAGCUUUAUCUUGUGCUUUCAUUAUAGGGAGAGGUAAACAUAUAUUACAAGAAGCUCAGGUUGACAUUAUUCCACUACAAAUCUGUAAUAGCUAUGAUUGGUAUGGAGGCACAGUAUCCUUGAACAUGAUUUGUGCUGGCUCUGAAAGUGGACGUGUUGAUAGUUGCCAGGGAGACAGUGGUGGUCCUCUGGUAUGCUAUUCCCCAGAUGCCAACAAAUAUUAUUUAACAGGAAUCACCAGCUCUGGCUUUGGCUGUGGCAGACCAAAAUUUCCAGGACUCUAUGUACGUACAGCAAGUUACAGAAAUUGGAUAGAUUCUUAUAUGUCUAACAAAACAAAUACUGUAAGCAUUCAUCUUGUCAUAAUUUUGGGGACUGCUGGGUGGAUAACUUUCCAUAUUCUAUAAAAUACAAAGGUUACUUUUACUGAAAUAAGAUGACAGCCAAUUAUGUUUUAAGUUUUUUUCUUUCUCUUGCAAACAUAUAUUU